AUAUAUUAAGUCAAAUAUAAUAAAUAUAUUUCAUAAGUAGUGAUCAGUAUUAGUUAUACAUAACUACGAUCGUUAUGCUUACACAGCUAAGUAGACGAUUACAGUCUACCAAAGCAUUUACGGUAGGCGACCGUGUAGUGAUAUCAAAACGAGUCGAUAAAACGGAUAUCGAUGAUUUUGCUCGUCUUAGUGGUGACACUAAUCCCAUACAUUCUGGUGAUCGUCCAUUAGUGCACGGCAUUUAUUUGGCGGGUCUGGUGUCCGGGGUAAUCGGCACCAAGUUACCCGGUAACGGUACGGUUGUCGUGUCUAAGAGCCUAAGGUUCCCAAACAAGUGUUAUGCUGGUGACCUAGUCAAAAUCGAAGUUGAGAUACAAACCAUAAGAAAGCUUGUGAGGUGUGGAUUUUGGUGUAGUGUCGGGGACAAGGUAGUCAUGGAAGGCACAGCAAACGUUAUCAAUAAACAUGUUACUAAAAAUUAGACGUGUAAUAAUAAAAUUUAAAAUUAAAGGUUAAAAACAAAAACCUAUGUUAUACCUAUACCUGAUUUUAAGCGUCUUAAUUUUUGGAUCGAUUAAUUCAAUCGUUUUUAACUGUUAAACUUUUAAAAUUAAGAGUGAAAAUGUAUAUUUUAUAGAUAAUUAAUAUUUUACCUAUU